GCGAGCGCCGCGCUACUACGGCGCGCAAGCAAAAAAAAACGUAGUCAAGCUCGUCAGUGUAGUAAUAUUAUGUAGCUAGUAGUGGUUGCGAUGAACUGCAAGCAAACGGUCCUUGUACGUUCCCGUUUAAAUUAUGCGUGAUAGUUAAAAUCGGUUUCAUAUUCUUUUUGAAUUCAAUUCAAACGGAAACCGGACAUUGAUUUCCGUACAAAUAUUUAUAAAUUUAGAGACGUAAUAUUAAAAAACGCGCACAAAAGUGUUAAUCCUGUUGCACCUGCAGCGAUAAUUCAUCAUGACUAUAAUCGAUGAAUCCAUCGUUGUCCCAAUGGACGAACUGUCCGCCGUGAAACAAGACGGUCGUUUAAUUAUGGAUCCCGUGUCUGUUGACAGAAAAUCCGGUGCAGUCAAAGUGACAAUUACGCCAUGUCAACCCAAGACCCUGAGUCACCUUCCCAAGAGGCCGCCUGUGGACAUCGCCUUUUCUGACCUUAUGUACACUGUGACCGAAGGCACCAAAAACACUUCCAAAAAUAUUUUAAAAUCUGUAAGCGGCCGUUUGAGAUCAGGUGAAUUGACGGCCAUAAUGGGACCGUCUGGUGCCGGUAAAUCCACACUGCUGAACAUACUCACGGGAUACAAAUGUUCCGGCGUUAAAGGUUCUAUCACGAUUAACGGGCAUGAAAGAAAUUUGAGUCAAUUCAGAAAAUUGUCAUGUUAUAUUAUGCAGGACAAUCAACUCCAUGCCAAUUUAUCUGUAGAAGAAGCUAUGCACGUAGCUACCUCGUUAAAGUUAGGAUCAGACAUAUCAAAGGACAGUAAAUAUCAAGUGAUUCAAGAAAUAUUAGAAACAUUAGGUUUGCAAGAACAUCGAAGGACAAUGACAAGCAAUUUGUCUGGUGGGCAAAAAAAACGUUUGUCUAUCGCUCUUGAACUUGUAAACAAUCCUCCCAUUAUGUUUUUCGACGAGCCAACUAGUGGCUUAGACAGCAGUUCUUGUUUUCAAUGUAUUUCCCUACUGAAAUCGCUUAGUCGUGGCGGACGUACUAUCAUCUGUACGAUUCAUCAACCCAGUGCUCGACUAUUCGAGAUGUUUGACCAUCUGUACACCCUUGCUGAAGGACAAUGUGUCUACCAGGGAUCCACGAAACAACUCGUCCCUUUCCUCGGCACCCUCGGACUUGAAUGUCCCAGUUAUCAUAACCCCGCGUCUUACCUAAUCGAAGUGUCAUGUGGUGAGUAUGGUGACAAUGUACGCAAAUUAGUGACGGCCAUUAAAAAUGGAAAAUACGAUAUUCAAGUUGGCAAACCUUUCCCACAACCAGAAAAUUUGAAUAAUGUUAACCAAAAAGAAAUAAUGAAAAGUAGUAACUUGUCUUCAAACUUCAUCGAAAUAGAUAAAUUAUCAAAAUCUGUGGAUUCUAAUAGUUUAUUGCAGUAUGCAGGAAAUCAAUUUUCUAAACCUGAUGAUAGCUCUGUUCUUAAUUCAGAAUUGAGUUCAAUAAAAACUGGAAAUCUAAAUAAUGCAGAUGAAGCAACUGAUACCUUAUUAAAGAAUGGUUUACCAAGUAGUCAACAGCGAUAUGCUACAUCUGAAUUUGCUCAAUUUUGGAUUGUUCUUAAGCGUACAUUACUUUUCAGCAGAAGAGAUUGGACUCUUAUGUACUUACGUUUGUUUGCUCAUAUUUUGGUGGGAUUUUUAAUUGGUUCAUUGUAUUAUGAUAUUGGUAAUGAUGGUGCCAAAGUACUUAGUAAUCUUGGAUUUCUAUUUUUCAACAUGUUGUUCCUUAUGUACACAUCAAUGACAAUCACCAUUUUGUCAUUCCCUCUAGAAUUGCCUGUUUUGAUCAAAGAAAAUUUUAAUAGAUGGUAUUCUCUCAGAUCAUAUUACUUAGCUAUUACAUUAUCAGAUAUUCCGUUCCAGGCAAUAUUUUGUGUCAUGUAUGUGGGUAUUGUGUAUUACAUGACUUCACAACCACUUGAAAUGUUCAGAUUUGGUAUGUUCUUAUCAGCCUGUCUUCUCAUAUCAUUUGUUGCUCAAAGUGUUGGACUUGUAGUUGGAGCUGCAAUGAAUGUACAAAACGGAGUGUUCUUAGCACCAGUCAUGUCUGUACCUUUCUUGCUUUUCUCUGGUUUCUUUGUUAGCUUUGAUGCUAUACCUAUUUAUUUGCGAUGGAUCACAUACUUAAGUUAUAUCCGUUAUGGUUUUGAAGGUACAGCAUUGGCUACUUAUGGUUAUAACCGAACAAUCCUCCAAUGUCACCAGAUUUAUUGCCACUUCAAAAAACCGAGUACCACACUAAGAGAAUUAGAUAUGACGGACGCAAGCUUUUCUUUGGAUAUUAUUGCCCUGAUCAUAAUAUUCUUUGUGCUUCGUAUAUCUGCAUUCAUAUUUCUCCGAUGGAAGCUCAAGUCUUCACGUUAAUUUGUAUAAAUUAUUGAAAAGCUCUUCUAUUACGAUCAACUAUACGUUAAUAGUUAAUUAAGAUAUCUGAUUUGUCUGUGAAUGUGUAUAUAGUAUAUAUAUACAAAUUUAUUAUUAUUGCCCGGUUAUGGUUUUUACAGAUUUUAUAAUAAUUAAA